AUGAGGAUCGACUCUGAAAUAAUAUAUAUCGAUUAGCAAAAGCAAUAAAAGAAUCUCAAAAAAUCCAGAAUUUAGAUGAAGACUUUGAUAAGUUUUAUUAUCACUAUCAUCAGAAGAUAUAUAUAAAGAAUAUAAUAAAUAAAAAAAGAAUCAGAGUAUAAUAAAUAAAAUAUGAUCAUAACAUUUCAUUAUAGGAAUAAUUCAGAAAUCUAUUUUUAGAAAACUGAAAUUCCUAUUUUAAUAUACUGA